AUGGGUGAAGAACUGUUGGAGAGAUUCUGGAUUAGUGAAGGUUACGAGAAACCGAAAGAAAUUCAGAUGCCACAAAACAUGUUGCAACGGCAAUUAUGGGAAUUGGUGGAAUAUCCGGAUUCCUCAUUAUUCGCUCGCAUUUUUGCACUUCUCUCCAUUUUUGUCAUUAGCAUCUCAAUAAUAUCAUUUUGUUUGGAAACAUUACCAUCGAUGAAAGAAAAUCCAGGUGAUGUACGCGAUUGGUCUAAUCCAUUUUUCCACAUUGAAUUAUUCUGUAUUAUCUGGUUUACAAUUGAAUUAUUGCUACGAUUUAUAAGCUGUCCGAAUAAGUUUAGCUUUCUUCGCUCUGUCCUCAACAUUAUUGACUUUGUUGCUAUUGCACCUUUUUUUGGUAAUUUAAUGUGGAUGGACUCAACUAAAUCCAAUUCAUCAAUGUCAUUUGCUGUAUUACGUGUUCUACGAUUGGUACGAGUAUUCAGGAUAUUCAAGCUCAGUAG